AUGUGUCGCGUAUCGGUGCUGCGUAAUCAAUGUGGACCCGAGGCUAAGGCUUAUCAGGUCGGGGACAGCGAACCGUUGACAAUAACGUUUAUCGAAGGAGGGAUAUUCGGUGAAUCGGUGGCUGUUGAUCUGUUCGCCGAGCUUGGCAAUUGGCUUGCAAACGCUUUGUCACCAUACGAGGAGACAUCAUCACUGCGCACUGAUGACGAUGAUAUUAAUGCUCAUAGUGCAAUGAUUGCCACAGCACCAGUAUUUCCACCAAAUACGAUCAUUUUGCAUACGAAUCUGGUUUUUAUAGGAGACUGUUGUAAACGGGAGAUUCACCGGAGUCUCCCACCGAUUCACUCAAAGGCAUCGCUAAAGUGGCUGAACGGUAGCAGGGACCAUCGAGUGGCUGCACGUGAAACCAAUGCCCAGUGUAGCGGCGAAUCGAAGAACAGGGAAGAACACAUCUGUAACUGUUGUCGCACACCGCCACAGUGA